GUCCAGAAACUUCGGCUUUUUUGUCUGCUUCAGUUUUAAGAAUCAUUAGGCUAAAAGAUAGAAAAUUAUUUCUAAACCACUUAGAGUAAAAUCUCUAGUCUGGAUUGCACCAGAAUUUGUGUUGGAGAGAGUCACUAAAGGUCAACGAAGACGAAACACUAAUAAUGAUGGAUCUUCCCAAAAGGUCCAAGGUUUUUUAUCCACCAGCUGAUAAAUUUUGGGGAUUUGGAUCCACACUCCUCAAAAUCUGGAUAUUUGCUACCUUUCUGCCAUUUGCGAGCGGCAGCACCACUCAAAGUGUGUCAUCAUCCACGGGUAGCAGUCAUGUGGCAUCAUCCACAAGUAGCAGUCAUGUGACAUCAUCCACAGGUAGCAGUCAUGUGACAUCAUCCACGGGUAGCAGUCAUGUGACAUCAUCCACAGGUAGCAGUCAUGUGGCUGUUUCCACGACUUGGUCUCAUCCGUCGAACUGCUAUAGUGUCUGCGUAUGUGUUGGUUUCGAAGGAACUCAAAAAACCCAAACUGGGACCUCUUAUGACGUUUCAACGACUCUGUCGGGUACUGUUACAUCCUUCAUCGCGUAUACUUCUUCAACAACGUCCACGGCUACUUCAACAAGUUCGGAAAAUACACAGAUUUCUUCAGUCCCACCUACUUCCUUUGCGUCAUCAACUAAUGCUGAUGAUUCUACCACAGCCACUUCGAGCUUUAGUGCCGAGGAAACCUCGACGGAAACUAUUUCAACACAUUCUACUGCCAUUUUGACAACUUCACAAAUUGCCUUGACUUCUUCGAUUUCAACUAUUUACUCUACACCUUCUACUAUUUCUCAUGGUACUGAAGCAUCAUCGACGGACACUUCUACAAACUCGGCUUCUCCUUCACUUGUAACAGUUUCUUCCAUAUCGUCUUCUCUUACUCCUUCAGUAUUGUCAACUUUCUCGACACCAUCGAUUUCAUCGUCGCCCGCAACGUCCUCGAUUACUUCAGCGACAACCAUCAAGGUAUCCUCAGUGGCGAAUCCUUCCUUUACAAGCCCAUCAGCUUCUUCUUUAAUAUCCACAACCUCUCCAGACUCAACUUCAGUAAUUUCGCCGAGUGCCACUGUGACUGUGUUAGCAUCAUCGAGUGUUCAGAUUGUUUAUGCGCCCGCACCGCAAGUUACCAGCGUUAAGUUCAGUGAGACAGCCGCAAAAAUUCUGAUUCAGUUUAAUGUGGAGGUGCAGUUUGUCAGUGCAGAGGAAACGUGCGACGAAUUCUUUAUUCCUGCGGCAUUGACAACGUUGGGCAGUUAUCCUCAGUGCCGCCUAAGCCAUACGCAGGAGUUACAAAUAAUCCCUGGAGUUGGUGCAAACAUAUCAGUUGGAGACUUACUAGAGUUUAAGGCUGGCGUGUUCAAGGCCCGUAAUGAAGAGUACGGCAAGUUUCUCAAUGGUUCGUUUGCUGUUAAUUUACCAGAUGUUCCUUUGAAACCAGUGCCAGUGAUCAAAGGUCCCAACGUUCUUUCUUCUUGUGGAAAUCUCUCCCUCUCUGGAACUCAGUCCUUUGGUAGCGGCGGCCGACCACUCAUUAUCAAAUGGUCUCUGAUAUCGCCUAACUCAGGAAGUGACUUCAUAGCUAUAACAAAUAUCCUCAGUAACCUAAGUUCACAAGAUGACCGCGUUAAAAUCCCAGGAUCUCUCUUUGAGGCUAACAAAACAUACUUAUUCAAGCUCGAGGUGGCCAACUUCCUAAAUACGUCACGCUUUGAAGAAACUUCUCAUUCAGUUAUUAAAGUGUCUGAUCCAGUCCCAGAGCUGACUCUAAGUUCCAGCAUCGACCUUAGUGAAGGGGAAGUCUUUGUUUCUGAAGAUUUCCAUAUCAGGACAACCGUGACUGUUGCUCCUUGCGCGAACGAUACCAGAGUAGACUUUUCUUGGGCUGUUACAUGCAGUGAUGCUAGCGCUAAAAAGAGGGUCGAGUUCAGUGCUGCGUUCAAUGCCACCAGAUACCAAAGCACUCUUAAGAUAACUAAGGGCCUGUUAACCGGUGAAGUCGACUGCACAUUUACUGUGACUGUAAGGAUGAAGUACAAUCCUAGUGUUAAGACCUCCAUGAGCCAAGUCAUCAAAGCCUUGCCCAGUCCUCUGGAAGCCGCUAUACUUGGAGGUGAUCGAUUAAUUGGUCGUAACAGUGGUUCGAUUAAACUGGACGCCAAAACAUUGACCAUCGAUCCUGAUAGAACGAAGCAUGAGUUAUCUUGCAGCUGGAGUUGUGCAGUACAAAGCGGCGGCUUAUGUAACUCCACCGUGAAUAAUGAAUUGAUAUUUUCUGCUGUAUAUGGAUGUAUAAUUGCGGUGCAGAGUAACCAUUUCUUCGCUGGGAAGACAUAUAUAAUCAGUGUGAAUGUGACAAAAGGUUUCCGUUCCGCUGCGGCCUCCAUAAAACUGACUGUGGUGGAAGGUAACCCACCAGCUGUUUGGGUGAAUGCAGCGCACAUAAGGAUGAACUCAAAUGAUAGACUGAAACUGCAGGGAUACUACAAAACAAACACAGAGCCUGCUAAGGUGGAAUGGAGCAGUUCACAAGAACAAGGAUUUUCUUUCGUAGAGCUGAGUGGUUAUAAUCCGGCCACGUCGUUUAACCCUGGAAACGACUCAUUUGUUCUCUUGACGUUGCCUGUAAAUCUUCUCAAGCCCGACUCUAAAUAUCGAUUCAAGCUAACAGUCAAUGACGGAAGUGAAGAGGGCGUAGCGUCUUUAACCGUAGAAGUAAGAAAAGGACCCACUGCCCGUCCGUCUGCCGGAUUAUCUGUGUCGCCAAGCUCCGUCCAAGCACUGGAUGUUGUUACUUUGUCAGCUCCUGGAUGGGAAACCGACUUGGAUGCUUUUCCUCUACGAUACUCGUUUGGCUUGCUGGUCGAAAAAGAUGUUUGUGAGACCUUUGGGAUUCCCUCUAGCGAUUCUGAACGAGAGCAGAUGGUGCCUCAGGGAUCCGGUCCAGAUUACAUUCUUCCCCUGUGUGUGGUGGUCUUGGAUAAGUUUGACUCGUUUAAAAUAGCAACGUUUAACAUCACCUCAAGUCCACCGAGCAGCGAUGUUUUGACCCCGAAUGCUCUGGAAAGGUUGCUUCAAAAUGCUGUUGAUGAUCCAUUGCAGAGUGGUGAUGUGGAUGCAGCCCUUGGCGCUAUUAUGAGUAUCGUGGGCACUGUGCAGCAGUCUAAUAACACCGAAGAUGAGGUUAGGAACAACAUUUCUCGAAGAACAGAAGAAAUUGUCUUCGAUAUCCUUGAGUCCACUGUGAUCGACCAGGAUAUAGCUUUUCCCCUUUUGAGUGUUCUCGUCAAAACGAAUGUAACAGCAUCGGAUAACAGCUCUAGAACGGCCAACGCUGCAGUGAUUAUUCUGCAAGGGCUAGACGAUAAACCACUUCCUGAUGAUUUAGCUGGGAAUUUUUACUCAUGGAUUGCUGACCUUGCAGACGAUUCUAUUGACAACAACGACGGCUUAAAAGAGACAGUGGGAGAUGCUUUGGAGAAAUUUGCAGAUAAUAUUGGGACGGACUUACAGUGCGGGGAUCCUCCUAGGGAAGUUUCCGAUGAUAGACUGGGAUCAGUCAAGGUACAGGUGGCAGGAUUAAAAGGAGAAAUCGUAUCAAGCAGUAAGCCUGGUGCCCCAAGAUUUGACCCGGGCCCACAACUCACUAAAGAGUACAGUGGCCUGAGGAAGUGCGGAGAGGGAAAAAUCUGUUGUGGUGUGUUUCUGAAGAUGGUUCGGUACAAAAAAGAUCUAAUUGUAGCAGACAAAAGUAAACAAAGGGAUGACAGUCAAGUUGUCAGCUCUCAGAUUAUUGGUGUGGAUCUACGUGAUCCUAUCACAAAGACACCGAUUGUGAUUCAAAGCCUUACACAUCCUCUGAAGCUGGUCUUUAUCAUAUUAUCAGUACCGAAAGACAAAAAGCUUGGGUGUGUCUAUUUCGAUGAGGAUAAAAAGGUCUGGGUAAAAACCGGUUUGAAGGCAAUAGGACUUGUUUCAAGCGAGUUUACAUGUGAAUCCACGCACGCCACCUACUUUGCUCCGUCACACGAUUCAGUCGUGACUAAAGAGCAAUCCUCGACUGACCUUACUCGCGGAAUCGUUGGUUUGGUAAUGGGUUUCUUGAUGGGAAUUGUGGCUGUACUUCUUGUACUUUUAUUCAUCUGGUGGAAGAGAAAACAAAAAGUAACCACAGAGCUUCCACAACUCGACCACAGACUUUGAUAUUCUGGCGAAAUCAAUUUAACAAAUUAACACUGUCAUCAAAAUGUUGAGGACUCACUUGAUAACACCUCGUGAGUCCAAAACAAAUUUUGACCACGGUGAUGAUGAAUAUCGUUGCCGAUGAGGGUACAGACCACGCUACAUUACUUUCGAUUUUUUUUUAAUCACAAUAUCGACGUCAAACUUUCCGAGUCAUCCAUGUUUCAGAGCUGAUAAUGGCAUUGCGUGAGAUGUUGACGCGAGCAGCGUUGUCUGUACCUUAUCGGAAACGGCAAAUUGGCCAAUAAGAUUGCGACAUUACUACCAAUUGUGGUAAAAUCAUUAAUUGCUACCUCCACUUCAUAAUUUUUCACUCAUUUAUUGUGCUAAAGAGCCUUGUCUCGAGAUAUAAGACACCUCGGGUGACUUUUUGCUCUAACACACACUCCAGCAUAGCUAUUUUUAAUCGCCAUUUUUGUCAGCGGAUAAACGUUUUAAAAUGUGAGGAUUAGAAGGUCUACAGGGUAAGGUGUUGACUCAAAGUGAUCACUGUUUAAUUCUUGUUAACUGUGGAGUCGUUUGGGUGAUGUAAGCCAGAAGUAAUAGAUAGUUUACGAGUUCAAACGGGUGAGAUAAUCAGGUUCUAACGUUAAUCAGUCUUGUUCUGGCUAAAUUAGUAAAUCUUUUCAUGGAGUUCAAGUUUUUCCUUUAAGUUAAAUAUAACCAUGGGCCGGUUAGGUUUUUGAUAAACAAAUGGGAGCUCGCUUAGCAUGUUUAAAUAGUGCAGAUGAUAAAUCAUUGUUUGAAAUAAUUGGUUCGUUGAUUAGCAAAUUAUUACCAUUCUAUUUCUGCACACAAUUCCUAAAUUAUGUACCAUUAGUAAACACUAUAAAACUUCA